GCCUGCCGAUGAUGGACUCAAAAAGACAAAGAAAUACUGAUGGAAUGUACUUAAACAAGGACUCCUAAGGCUGUCCUACCUAUAUGUCUGCUAAAGAGUGGCUGAGGCCUUAAUAGGAUCCCAUAAAGAACCAGGCAUGGCUGGUAACCCGUUCCGGGCCACCCAAAUCUGGAGCAGCAUCAUCUCCUAUCUCCACACUCACGUGAAGGUCAAGAGGCGGCGCCACAACCUCAAGUCCUAUCACGACUGCUUCCUGGGCUCGGAGGCCGUGGACGCCGUGUUGGCUCACAUCACCUUGAACCGCUUCUUCGGCGACGAGGCGGUCCCUCGCCGCAAGGCCGUCCGUUUGUGUCAGGCCCUGAUGGAGUCGAGGGUCUUUGAGCCGGUGGGCGUCAAAGUGUUCGGCAAGGAAAAGAAGCGGGCCACGUUCGAGGACAGCAGCUGUAGUUUGUACAGGUUCCUGAACCCCGCCGGCGGCUCGUCACCGCUGGGCAACAUCAAGUCCACCUCCACUGGGACCAUAGAGAGCGGAUACGACUCUCCAGGCCUCUACAGGAACGCGAACAACUACAGUCCUUUAUGUGAAAGGCAAGAGGUGCCCAGCUACUCCACUCACUCACCUGUCAGAAGAGGCAAAAUGGUGGAAGACAUGCUGAGAAAUCUCAACCUGGACACGACCAUCACCCCUCAGUUGAUCAACCUGGGCCUCUCCCAGAAGCUUGUGCAUGAGGUGUGGCGUCAGCAGGCCGUGUGCAGGCUCCUGCAGCUCAUCGAGCUCCCGCUGCUGGAGGACUUGCUGCAGGGAAAGGACGCGUCGCGCUCUUCCUUGUACGCCGUGGACGGCAACUCGGACCUGAUGUUGACGUCCAGCUACUUGGACCGAGAGGUUCUUAAGGCCUUCAGCGAGGCGCAUGAAGAUGAGUGGAUGUCUGGGGCGGUGGACUGUCUGGAGUUUCUCCCUGAUGAACAAGUGGUCCAGGUCAGUCGAGGUUUGGCCGGCCGCGCCGGCGACCUGGUGCGGUCUAAGAGGCUGCUCUACGACGUGCUGGCUCAGCAUUACGCUCGAGCCGACCAGCCGCCUCUGCUUAGCAACCACGUGUUGGACAUCCAUUCGGGCAUCUCGGAGCUUCUAGUGAACGGUAAGUUGGAGCAAGCUUUGGAGGCCUUGCAGCUCAGCCUGAAGCUGCAGGACUCUCGCAGCAUGGAGGAGCUCCGACGGCUGCUGAGGUUCAUGGCUGUCGCCGCCAGAACGCAGGACAUCAAACUGCACAAAGAGAUCGAGAACCGCAUGGCAGUGAAGAGGUCGUUCUCCAGCGCCAUCGUCUACAGCAGGAGACUCUCCAAGGGCAAAGUGGACCUAAUGGUUCUGUUCAUGAUGGACAACCACUGCGACCUGUUCAAAGUUCCUGUUUCGUUACACAAGAUGGUGAGCGACAGAUUAAAGAACAUUGCCAAUGGCAAGGAAACAGAUGUCAUAACAGGACUCACAUAUUGCAGCAGACAGAGCGGGGAAGCUUACACUAAUGAAGAAAAAGACACCAACGAGGAACUACGCUCGUUACUGCAGACGAUCCACGAGAAUCCCACCCUGCCUCCCAAAGAAAAGCAACGCCUCCUUGGACAAUUUUACAAAGGCCACCCGGACAUUGUUGUGCAGUAUUUUGGCAACAAGUUCUCCCGCAUGAACGUGGUGCUACGUGACAAUGUGAUAUAAUGAUGUGCAUUUGAAGGUAUGGAUUGCCUUUCUGUAAAUAGUCUGAAGAAAUCCGGAUUUAAAUGUGAUAUUUUAGGGCAUUUUUUUAAAAGUGAAAUAUUUAUGCAGGACAUGGACAUAUGAUGUUCCUCCACAGGUAAUAUCAGUGCCUUUGCAAUGGUUAUGUUAUGUUAACAAUAAACUAUGUGAUGCAGACCAGCUGUGUCUGACAAAACCUUCGGACGCCAAUUUGAAAGUCGGAUGUUGCGGUUUUGUAAACAGUCGGAGGGAGUCAUAAGAAUGUCCUCCCUGUGGGCAUUGGAACCCCAAAAGCUUAGUUUCAGCUCAGUCAUGUGGUCAGGGAUGUUGUUUAAGGCUCCGAGCAGGUAGGGAAUGGCUGCCUUGUUAGUAGGAGGCCACU